GAAGCCGCAGUAGGCUUACUUUCUGUGGAGACAUGGCUGCGGCCAGUUUGGGUAGUGUUUGCAGCAAAGUCUUAACCGCGCUGAAGGCUUCUAAGUCGCUAAUAUGUCUUCAGGCCCCAGCUAGCACAGGUUGCAGGUUUUCUCUUAGCCUUUUGCCUAAGAAUAUACCAAAUGUCACAUCUUUUCACCAGUGUAGAUUACUUCAUACCACAUUGUCAAGGAAAGGACUGGAAGAAUUUUUUGAUGACCCAAAGAACUGGGGGGAAGAAAAAGUGAAAUCUGGAGCUUCAUGGACCUGUCAGCAAUUAAGGAAUAAAAGUAAUGAAGAUUUACAUAAACUUUGGUAUGUCCUACUGAAAGAAAGAAACAUGCUCCUAACUUUAGAGCAGGAGGCCAAGCGGCAGAGGUUGCCAAUGCCAAGUCCGGAGCGGUUAGAAAAGGUAAUAGAUUCCAUGGAUGCAUUAGAUAAAGUUGUCCAAGAAAGAGAAGAUGCCCUAAGACUUCUUCAGACUGGUCAAGAAAAAGCUAGACCUGGUGCUUGGAGAAGAGACAUAUUUGGAAGAAUCAUUUGGCACAAGUUCAAGCAGUGGCCUAUACCUUGGUACCUAAAUAAAAGAUACAAUAGGAAACGAUUCUUUGCAAUGCCCUAUGUGGAACGUUUUGUGAGAUUGAGAAUUGAGAAACAAGCCCGCAUUGAAGCAAGGAAGAAAAGUUUAGAGAAAAAGGAAGAAAAAUUUCUUCAGGAAAAGUUUCCACAUCGUUCUGAAGCCCAGAAGUCAAGUGUUGUCUAAGAUGUCUGAAUUGUUUUCCUUGGGUAACAAUCUGUAUACAAAAGUAAAUAUGUAUUAAGUAAAACUGUGUUUAGUUAAAUGACUA